CAUUAGGGUUCGGCGAUUGGGUAGACGCAUGACAUGACGGCAGGUCCCUGUAAAAGGAAGUGGGGUAGGUUGUGAAGAAGGGCGCCGGUACGUGGCCAAAAUGGGGUGGUACAAGGAAAGCGUAAGCAGUUUGGUUGUCGUACGGGAGUGCGACUGCGCAGUGGAGAGAGUUCAGAGCGAGGAGGGAAACGGACCGAGCCCAGUUUGCAGUCCCGUUGGGCAGGUGUGGUGCCGGGACUCUACGGGGGAGUUCGUAUGCUCUAACGACGUGGUUGAGGCGAGUGGAGGGAGGGCCGCUUCAUGCCAGGGCCGCGAGGCCCGAGCGUCCGGCCCGGUCCUUCCGCCGCCCUGGUGCUGCUGUGGCUCCUUCUGCCGCUCUGCGUCCCCCUGAGGGAGGCGGCGGCGGCAACUUCGGAGGGGGCCCGCCAGCCCGGACUAGGAUUCGGGGGCGCUGCAGCGGCCGCCCUCCCGGCGGUAGCCGACGUGACCGUCGAGGACGAUGAGGCGAGCGGAGUGGCCCAGGCGACGUCCUCCUCCGGGGAGCAGCAGCAGGAGGAGGAAGCGGUGGAGGCGCAACCCCGGAGCCACGGCCGCAGAUCAUUAGUAAUUAUAAGUACUUUGGAUGGACGGAUUGCCGCUUUAGACCCAGAAAACAAUGGUAGAAAACAGUGGGACCUGGAUGUUGGAUCAGGUUCUCUUGUCUCAUCUAGCCUUAGUAAACCAGAGGUGUUUGGGAAUAAGAUGAUAAUUCCAUCCUUGGAUGGAGACCUUUUCCAGUGGGACCGUGACAGAGAGAGCAUGGAAGCUGUUCCUUUCACUGUUGAAUCUCUUCUUGAAUCAUCCUACAAAUUUGGGGAUGAUGUUGUUCUUGUUGGAGGAAAAUCCUUGACAACAUAUGGACUGAGCUCAUAUUCAGGAAAGGUGAGGUAUAUAUGUUCAGCAAUGGGCUGUCGUCGUUGGGAUGAUGAUGAGAUAGAGCAGGAAGAUAUUCUUCUUCUUCAUAGGACCCAGAAAACAGUUCGUGCUGUUGGGCCCCGCAGCGGCAAUGAAAAGUGGAAUUUUAGUGUUGGUCACUUUGAGCUGCGUUAUGUUCCAGACACUGAAACAAGUGUGGGAUUUAUUGAAAGCAAUUUAAAAUCAAAUCUGAAUAAAGAUGAUUCUAAAAUAAUUUCGGAUGUGGAAGAGCAGGAGGCUGUAAUGAAGGAUACAGUGAUAAAAGUGUCUGUAGCUGACUGGAAGGUUAUGGCAUUUAAUAAGAAGGGAGGACAUCUGGAAUGGGAAUAUCAGUUUUGCACUCCAGUUGCUUCUGCCUGGCUUGUUAAAGAUGGUAAGGUUAUUCCAAUCAGCCUCUUUGAUGAUACAAGCUACACAUCUAACAAUGAUAUUUUAGAAGAUGAAGACCUUGUAGAAGCUGCACGAGGAGCUACAGAAUCCAGUGUCUACCUAGGUAUGUACGGAGGCCAGCUGUACCUUCAGUCAUCAGUCCGAAUUUCUGAUAAGUUCCCAACCAAUCCUAAGGCUUUAGAAUCCAGAAAUGAUAAUGCAGUCAUCCCUUUGCCAGUGAUCAAGUGGAAACCUUUGAUUCACUCUCCAUCUAGAACUCCUGUACUAGUGGGAUCAGAUGAAUUUGACAAAUGUCUCAGCAAUGAUAAAUUUUCUCAUGAAGAAUAUAGUAAUGGUGCCCUUUCAGUUCUGCAGUAUCCUUAUGAUAAUGGCUAUUUUAUGCCCUACUACUCCCGAGAGAGAAACAGACGAAGCACUCAGAUCACUGUCAGGUUUUCUGACAUGAACCAUCGGAAUAUCCGUAAAAAAGAUCCAGUUCUGCUUCUGCACUGGUGGAAGGAAAUUGUUAGCACCAUCUUAUUCUGCAUUGUGGCCACAACGUUUAUUGUGCGCAGGCUUUUCCAUCCUCAUUCUCGCAGUCGACAGCGGAAGGAAUCUGAAACUCAGUGUCAGACAGACAGUAAAUGUGAAUCUGCUUCUGCACAUUCUAGAGAUAACAGCUGGUCUGAUGUUACAAAUUCUGGAUACGUAUCAAGAUACCUUACAGAUUUUGAGCCAAUUCAGUGUCUCGGUCGUGGAGGAUUUGGGGUAGUGUUUGAAGCUAGAAACAAAGUAGAUGAUUGUAAUUAUGCUAUCAAAAGGAUUCGUCUACCAAACAGGGAACAAGCUCGUGAAAAGGUGAUGCGUGAAGUUAAAGCAUUAGCAAAACUUGAACAUCCUUGUAUUGUUCGGUAUUUCAAUGCUUGGCUGGAAGCACCACCUGAAAGCUGGCAGGAGAGGAUGGACAAACUGUGGCUAAAAGAUGAAAGUAUUGAUUGGCCACUCAGUUCUCCUAGUCCAAUGGAGGUGCCAUCGUUUAAAAUUAGAACUGAGCCGUUCUCUGCAAAGGAGCACAUUGAAGUUAUUGAUACGCCUGUAGAAAGGAAGAUCUUGUUUUCUGUUGGGAUACCUUGUGGCCAGUCGAAUUCAUCUGAGAGCCAGUUUUCUGCACUGGAAUUCUCUUCCAUUGAUAACAGAAACUUGAUCCAGUUGGCAGAUCCAGUGUCAAGCAUGAAAGACAGCUUUCUCUCUGACUGUGAUAUGGGUAUAAAUGGUAGCACUGUGAGUGAAAACGAUCCUGGACAUCCCUCUGAAUUUUGUCUUCCAGCAAUGCCAAAUGUAAGAGUGAGGGAGAGGACCUCUUCAUCAAUUGUCUUUGAAGACUCUGGCUGUGAUAAUACAUCUAGUAAAAAGGAUAACACUGUUGAUUCACUUGAUGAUAGCCCUUCUGAGGAUAAAGCGACAAGCACAAAAGGAUCUAAUAAUAAGAUGUCAUCUUCCACAAGCCCUUUGUCUGUUUCUCCUCCAAGGCCAACAACCUUAAGUUUGGACCUCUCUAAAAACUCUGUACAAAAAGCCAUACCUACCACUCCAAAAGUAUACCUUUACAUCCAGAUGCAACUCUGUAGGAAGGAAAACCUCAAAGACUGGAUGAACAGAAGAUGUACUAUGGAGGAGAGGGAAAGGACAGAGUGCCUUCUGAUAUUCCUACAGAUAGCUGAAGCUGUUAAUUUCCUGCAUAGCAAAGGGUUAAUGCAUCGGGACCUCAAGCCUUCCAACAUAUUUUUUACAAUGGAUGACAUAGUGAAAGUUGGAGAUUUUGGACUAGUGACUGCAAUGGACCAAGACGAAGAGGAAGACUCUGUUCUGACACCAAUGCCAGCUUAUGACAGGCACACAGGGCAAGUUGGGACAAAGCUCUAUAUGAGCCCAGAACAGGUCUACGGAAAUGCUUAUUCGCAUAAAGUUGAUAUCUUCUCUUUGGGCCUAAUCCUGUUUGAGCUCCUUUACCCUUUCAGCACGCAAAUGGAAAGAAUAAGGACAUUGAGUGAAGUAAGGAACUUGACUUUCCCUCCACUCUUCAUUCAGAAAUAUCCACAGGAGUAUGCAAUGGUAAAGGACAUGCUCUCCCCAAGCCCCGUGGAAAGACCAGAAGCUGCAGACAUUAUAGAAAACCCCUUAUUUGAAGACUUGGAAUUCCCAGCAACACCAGUACUCAGACAGAGGUCACGGACGAUGAGUUUAUCUGGAAUGAAGCAUUCAAGAUAGCUGAUCAGUAAUUUGGCACAAUUAUUAUGAACACACCAAACAACUCUCAGAGUGACCAUUCAUCCAGAGAAUCCAUUCCAAAGGAACAUUACUGAAAUGUUCCUAUUUUGAGGUUUAUUUUCUCAUGUCAUGUUCAUGUAUACAAUAUUAGUCAAUGGAACCAACGAUUUACGUGUAGGAUUUUCAGUCACUGAAAUGAACAACUUUGUUAUCAUAACUUGUCAUAUUGCAGUUCUAAUACACUUAUUUGUGUUUGGAUCUUGUAAAUAUUGUCUAGGAAAUUGAAAAGGAUACCUAUUAUGUAAAUAUAAUUAAAUUCUGUAUUUUUGUAGAAGCAGUUGAUCUCUAUAUAGAUACUGAUUAUGUUAAUUGAAGAUCUGAUGAUCUUAAAAGCAGCUUAAAAUAUAAGCAUUUCUCUUUGUCCCUGGAGGAUAAUCUGCAAAAUGAGAAUAGUUUUACUAUUAGCCACAUAUGAAACAAAUUGUGAUUUUUUUCUACUUGGUAGAAAUCCUUGGAAAACUUUUAAAUAAAUAUGAAAAAAGAUUUGGCAGGUUUCAAAUGCCACCUUAAUAAGCAUAUCAUUUACUAAAUUUUUGUAACUUUUGGAAUGUAUCUAAUGUUACCUUAGAAGUUUGUAGUAAUCAAAUCUGAUACAUUUCUUGAACAUGAUGCUAUUGCUUGAUAACACAUUUUUCUCACUGUAAAUAUGUUAAUUUUUAUUUAUAAAAUGGCAAAUCAAUCCUUUUGGGUUGGUGGUGUACAGUAUGCACUUGGAACAAUUGUUAUGUGCAUUUAAUUACUGUGACUUCUUUCAAGUCUGAUUAAUAAUUUUUUUAUUUAGA